AUGGGUGUGCGAUUUUUACAAUCGUUUAUGGGGCGCCAGGUGCAGGACGGCGUAUAUUACGUUCAGAUACCGCGUGAAAUACGCAAUUCGGCUGAACGGCGUAAACAAAAACCGUUAAUACUGAUUGAUCUGAUGGCUCUGCAUCAUUUGUUUAGUGGGAAUAAGUGCAGCGUGUUGUGCGGAUCGCAGGUUAUGCUGUGUGAACAGCAAGCUGCCCAGUUCUUCUCCCAGUUGGUGGAAUCUGGAGCAGAGCUGGUGUUUUUUUGGGACGGUAAUGUGCAGGAAAACAAAUACGACACAUGGAUGACGCGACAAAAUGAGAAGUACACGAGAAUGAUCACUAUUAUCGAUGCAAUCAAUCGAGGGCAAGCCUUGCAGAGAAUUGCUAAAGCUCGCAGUAAUCUUAUUCCGAGCAACACGUGUAUACAGUUGAAGCUCAUAGCUGAGAGGUAUGGACGGGUCAUCGUAUCGUUUCACGCCGAAUGUGAUCAGGAAUUGGCUGCGUAUGCCUUGGAGCACGAAACGUUGGCGAUCAUUUCCAAUGAUACCGAUUUCCUCAUCUUCGAGGGCUGUUGGCAGUUAUGGUCAGCGGAUAUUAAUUUGGAAACGCUUCGCACACGCGCCUUCAGUAAGGAAGCGCUUCGCCGGAAGCUUCAAUUGAGCGUGCCUGGCAUGGCACUAUGGGCGACGCUGUCCGGAAAUGACUUUUACAACUACGAACAGUUGAAACCAUUUCACCAUACUCUUGGGUCGGAACAAGGUCGGUUUCUGAAGUUGGCACAGUACGUUCGGACGUUGCCGAGCGUAGAACAUUUCAACGACGACAACAUCCAGCAGGUCCUGCGACGUGUGUACAAAGGAAGACGGAUUCCCGACGAGGCGGUUGCGUGGUUUAAGCAAAGCUUAGACUUUUACAGAAGCGACCUACAGACGUUUCAUCGAUCGAAGCCCCCACUGGAUUCAAUCGAAACGUUUCUGCUACAAGAAUCUCAGCACUUUAUUCUAAUUUUUGUUGUCGAGGCUCCGAAUUUAAUGAGCAGCCUAGUACAUGACUACGUUAAUGAAACAGAACUCCUCAUCCUCAAUUUACGCAUUCCAUCCCUGAAGUGA